AUGGAUUUUGAAGAAGUCGAAAUUCCCGCUAAUAUACUAAGAGAAGCUGCAGAAGCCAGUUCCCAAUUAUUACCAGCAAAAUCAAAGGAAAGAUACGAAAAGGAAUAUGAAGAAUUUCGUAAGUGGUGCGUGGAAGAAAACGUGAUAAAAGUUGUGGAUGAUGUUUUGCUGGUAUAUUUAUCGAAAAAGGGAAAAUCUAUGAAACCAAGUACGUUAUGGAGUAGGUUUUCAAUGAUCAAGAGUUGUCUUGCAAUAAAAGAAAAUGUGGACGCUAGCAAAUUCUGUAAAACCAUCGCCUUUUUGAAACGUCAGACCGUCGGCUACAUUCCAAAAAAAUCAAAAGUUCUAACAAGGGAGCAAGUUACUCAAUUUUUGAAUGAAGCUGCAGAUGUAAAAUGGUUACUUACUAAGGUUAUUCUAGUGUUCGGAAUUUUCGGAGCUUGCAGACGAGACGAUUUAAUUCGCUUGACUAUUGACGAUGUUGAAGAUAAUGGGCGUUUUUUAGUGGUUUUCCUUCGGGACGGAAAAACUCAUAGGUCUAGAAGCUUCACCAUAACUGAAGAAGGGUGUUCAUUCCAGCCCUGUAAACUAGUUCGAAAAUAUGUGGCAUUACGUCCUAAAGAUAUUGCAAGCCAGAAGUUUUUUAUUGCGUAUCGUAAUGGUAAAUGUUAUAAGCAGAACGUUGGGUGCCAUACUAUUAGUGGAACUACACGGCAAAUUGCAGAAUAUUUGAAUUUAAAAAAUCUCACUGAAUAUACGGGACACGGCUUAAGACGAUCUUCAGCGUCGAUGUUAGUAGAAGGUGGAGCUGAUUUGUUAACUCUUAAGCGACAUGGAGGUUGGCGUUCAUCAGCAGUAGCCGAAGGAUUGUUUAAUCGUCCUAACGAAUGCAGUACAUCGAGAGAUUCGGACGUUCGAACUAUAUCGGAAAUUGUGGAGAUCGGAACCACGAGCCGUAUUCCCCAAGAAAGUUCUCAGGCGUACAUUACAUCAGCAAUGCCAAUUCUUUCAGCGACCGAAAACAACUUUUCAAUUGGGCAAAAAGACAAAACACAAGGACUAAACAUAUCUAAUAACCAAAAUUGUACCAUAAACGUUCAUUUCUAUGGCAAUGCCUAA